AUGUACGCGACGCGCACCGACGGACCCCUCCCCCACGAGCUCAUUCUAUCUCUCCAGCGCGUGCUGAACAUCCAGGAAGCCGAGGAUGACCCGCUUAACGCGCUCGCCGACGACUUCAACCCGGUGCAAGUGCUCAACUCGUACUUUCCGGACGAGGCGUCGCUGGCGAAGAUAGAAAGCGUGCAAGCUAAACUCGCCCAGGAUGAGGAACAACUGCAGAGGGAGAUCGACGCGCUGCAUGAGCAGCUGCGCAGGGAUCAGAAUCCGAGGAGGAUGCAACUCAUCCAGGAGAUGAUUUCAGAUCUGCUGGGACAAAUGUCCCGCAUUCGCGAAAAGGCCGCAGAGUCCGAAGCAGUGGUCAGGGAUAUCACAAAGGACAUACAAGUCCUCGACCUCGCGAAGAAGAAUCUCAUACUGAGCAUGACGACAUUGAAGCGGCUGCAGAUGCUCGUGAAUGCGCUCAAUCAACUGGAGGAGCAGGUCGCCGAGAAGAGAUAUGAUGAGAUAGUCAACAGCUUAGGCGCAGUGAAGGAGAUCUCGGCAACUUUCAAGUCGUACACCUCCAUCCAGCGUAUAUCUCAAAUAUGGAGACGCAUCCAAGAAAUUCAAGGCGACCUCCGAACCAAGAUCGACAAAGACUUCGAGGCAUUCCACAUGCACACCUCCGCCUCCCCCUCGCACCAAACCCUCUACGCCGCCUGCCUCUGCGCCGACCUCCUCGGCCCCGACGUCCGCGCGCAGCUCGUCGACCGCUACGUUGCGCUCCAGCUGCGCGAGUACCGCCGCAUCUUCAAGGCGACGGACGAGGCGGGCGGGCUUGACAACGUCGAGCGGCGCUUCCGCUGGUUCGGGCGCGUGCUGCAGGGGCACGACGCGGAGGCGGCCGGCGCGUGGCCCGAGGAGUGGCGUGUCGGCUGGGCGCUCGUGGCGAAGUUUGUCGACUUUACGAGGGAGGAUAUGGUGGGCCUGCUGUCGAAGGCAGGGUCGGCUCUAGACGUGAAGUUGCUCCUGGAUACGCUACAGCAGACGCUCGACUUUGAGGCGUCGAUGGCGAGGAAGCUCGGUGCCCCGCUCAAGGAGAUCCUCGAGGCGUCGUCGCCCUCGUCCUCCCGCCCGAUCAGGCCAAUCUCCUCGGCAUUCGAGCCGCACCUGGGCGUAUUCGUAGACGCGCAAGACAAGGCGAUCGCGAACAUGCUUGCCCCGCAUCUGGCCUCCAAGUCCGCUAAACCCCGCCUCUCGAUUGACACUGCGUCUGCCUCUGAGCACGGCGACGAAGCCGAGGCGCCUCCAGUCGUAGUCCUGCCGUCGUCGACGGAGCUGUUUUACGUCUAUCGGCAGAGCCUCGAGGCGUGUGCGAAGUUGUCCACCGGGAAGACGCUGUACGACUUGGGAGAGGUGCUGAAGAAGUGGUUGAGGACGUAUGCUGAGGACGUGUUGAUUGCGGGCUUGAAAAAACCUCCUACUCAGCCUCGCAAGUCCACGGAAACGCGGUACGACGCGAACGAGUUGAAGAACGCCUGCAUGCUCAUCAACACUGCGGAUUACUGCCAACGGACAGCGGCAGAGCUCGGAGAGACUAUACGGGAGAAGAUCAAUGACGACUUCAAGGAGAAGAUCACGUUCCAGGCUGAACAAGACAUCUUCGUCAGUGUUGUUUCAGCGGCCAUAGCAGUCCUGCUCAGGGAACUGGAAGCAGCCUGCGAGCCCUCGUUCUUGACUAUGACCCGGACGUCUUGGGCGAACUUGAACCAGGUGUCCGGACAAUCGCCUUACGUGCCUGACUUAGUCAAUGCGAUAGAGCAGGUCGUCGACAUGGUCAAGCCUAUGGUGGAGCAGAAGAAAUACUUCCGGAAUUUCUUAGACAAAGCUUCGAGUCUUAUUCUGACACGGUUUACCAAUGCACUCGUUAAGAGCAGGCCGUUGAAGGAGAUAGGCGCCGAGCAGUUGCUGAUAGACUUGCAGGCAGUCAAAGCUUCACUGCUGAAAUACGCCGGCGAUUCGUCAUCCAGUUAUGCUCGGAGCGUCACGAAGAGCACCACGAGGCUGGAAGCGCUUCUGAAGGUCAUCGUAACACCCAUCGAUCCUGCGGAUGGUUUUAUUUUGAAUUACAUUCUACAGAUCGGCGACGACUCCUUCUCCAACUUCCAGAAAAUUCUGGAUCUGAAAGGUACGCCGAAGACCGAACAGAACAGUUUGUUGGACACCUUUGUCACCACGACGAGCACCAAACGGGACCUGGAAAGCACCUCUUUCCUGUCUUCCCUUGAUAUGGAUCCACCUGCGGCGUCCCAAACAGCCAGCCUGAUGAGCCCCAGCGGUAGCCGCAUAAACCUGCCCAGCUUGCUAGUGGGGAAGGACGGGCUCUCCGGUCUAGGAUCCCCUCCAUUGCCAAGCCCUGUCCCCAGCAUCGAGUCUCAACCGAAGCCGGAAGGCACGCCCCAAAAGCGCGACGUCUUCAUGGAUGUCAGGCGUCUUGUCAGUUUCGGUUUGAGAAGAGAUACCGCGCCUCCCUCCUGAGUACCACGUAAUGGGUGGGAAAUGAGUAGCGACAUGCUGGCGAGGCCAGGCAAUGAUUAUCCUCGUUAUUAUACAAUAACCCCAAUACUCCCCGGAUUAAUGCCGUUUUCUGCCCUAAUACACCGUUCGGAUAUUGGAUGCGCGGCUAGCUAGAUUGUAUUGUAAAGAUACAAGAUGCGGUGAGCACGAUAUCAAUGCAGUGUGGUAUAUGUUACAAGUCCUUGAUCCCGGAUGCCGUACACCCAGAGAAGAGUUGGUUCGUAGGGAAAGACGUGGGCAAUUCGUGAGCUGGCAUCGGGGUCAGUAACAGGAGCAUAGUUCGUGGACUGUUUCGAAGGAAGGAGGUCGCUGCGCCAAGCAAACCUCUGGUACUGAUGGUUAGGACGAGCCAUCGGGAAUGCCUAAUCGUAGAUGCAAAGAAAUAUAGCACUGAGUUCGGGCACAUGCACGCAAUGCCACAUUGGCGAUGGCUACCGCGGUCUAAUCAUGCCCGGGACGUAUCCGGCCGGCUUCCCAGAUGAUGAGCUAGGUCGGGGACCCUGCGGUCGAGCUUGGGUAGACGUCGAGCCUCCCGGUGCUCUCCCGAGCAGUUUCUGCGCAAUUAAGGGCGGGGUGGCAAACAUGUUUGUGGAAGAUGGCGUCGGAGGCAACGGGGGAUGGGGAGGUCGGUGAGAGCCGCUCGUGCGUCUGGAAGGGCUUACAUCCGAGUCACCGUCAUCCGGAUGACGGAACUGG